AUUUUAUUGGUAUAUCACUAUUUGCAUUUAAAAUUUUCACUUAAUAAAAAUGAAAUAAAUAUUGUAAUAUUAUAAUCACAUGGAAACCUCACCUAUAAAUACCCAUGUCCACAUUGAUUAACAGAAUAAGCCAGAAAACCAAAAAGUGUUUUUCAUUCCUCCCUCCUCAUUCUCCCUCUCUUUCUCUCUCUGCAAUUUCUGGUUUUUGCGAGGGAGAUUGAAAAUGGAGUUGAGGGUAAACAGUGAUCUGCGUUUGUUAGUGGUGAUUAUUAGCAUUCUAUCGCCAUUAAUGGCACUCGGAGCAAUCAAAUCCAACGAAGCAAUGAUGGGGUGUGAUCUGUUCGAAGGAAAUUGGGUAUUGGAUCAAACAUAUCCACUCUACAAUGAAUCCACCUGCCCUUUCCUUGAAAAGGAGUUCAACUGCGUCAACAAUGGCCGCCCUGACCGAUUGUAUCUCAAAUACCGAUGGCAACCCCAUGACUGCCGGUUAUCCAGAUUUGAUGGUCGAAACUUCUUACAAAAACUAAGAGGGAAAACAAUAAUGUUUGUAGGAGAUUCACUCAGUCGAAACCAAUGGUUGUCGUUGCUCUGCAUGAUUCAUUCAUCAGUGCCAACUGCAAAUUACGCUGUUAACAUCUCCUUAAUUCAAGACAUGACCACCUACACAUUUACGGAUUAUAAGGUGAAAGUAAUAUACCAUCACAACUUGUACCUAGUAGAUAUAGUGAAACAAAAAAUUGGGAGGGUGUUGAAGUUGGAUACUUUGACAGCUGGCAAGCUGUGGUUGAACGUUGAUUACCUUGUGUUUAAUACGUGGCAUUGGUGGAAUCGCAGAGGAGCAAGCCAACCAUUUGAUUAUAUACAAGAUGGAAGUCAUAUAUACAAGGACAUGGAUCGAGUAGUCGCUUUUGGAAAGGCCAUUACUGCAUGGGGUCAAUGGGUUGAUAAAAAUGUUAUUCAGAAUAAAACAAAAGUGUUUUUUCAAGGAAUAUCGCCUUCUCAUUAUAAUGGCACCGAUUGGGGAGAACCGAAGGCAAAAUCCUGCUCCGGCGAGAAAGUUCCUCUUCUGAGCUCCACCUAUCCCGGCGCUUCGCCGCCGGCGUUGAAGGUUCUCAAGAACUCACUCAAAACCAUCAAGAAACCGGUGACUUUGCUCGACAUUACUAACCUUUCACUGCUGAGGAAAGACGGACAUCCGGCGGCGUACGGCUUAGGAGUGGUGGAUUGCAGCCACUGGUGCCUCGCCGGAGUUCCAGAUACAUGGACGCUUUUACUUUACAAUCUUAUGUUUUAG